AUGGGUUUCGGUAUUCUAGAAGACCGUCACAUGGCUGCCCCUCCAGGGACAUCUACCAUCAACGACUCUGGACCUGCUCUGGACUCCAAGGUGGCUUCAAGCGAACUUAAGCGCGAUGGCGACAUCAUCCUGCAGCCACAACCCUCGAACAGCCCUAACGAUCCGCUUAAUUGGUCACCUAGCAGGAAAGAGUGCAUAAUGAUUCUUCUUGCUUUCAGUUCAGGUGUAACGACAUCUCUCGGGCCAAUGGUGACGCCUGCCCUCCCGCUCAUUGCCAUGAAAUACAACGUCAGCAUUGAUAUGGUAGCGAGUCUUGUCAUUGGUUUCCUUGCUUUCUGGAUCGGGUUCACGACAUUCUUCACAGCUGCUGGAGCAAACAUCUGGGGCAAGCGUCCAUUCUUUAUCAUUUCCACCGUGAUUCUUCUUGCAACGAACGUAUGGGGAUUUUUCACCAAGUCCUUUGUCUCUCUAGCUGUUAUGCGAGUCGUUCAAGGUAUCGCAUCAGCACCUCUCGAGACACUCGUCACUUCCACGGUCUCCGAUAUGUACUUUGUACACCAACGUGGUACUCGUAUCGCAGUCUGGGGUUGUAUGCUAGCUUCUGGUGUGCUUCUUGGCCAGACGAUCGCUGGUGCAAUCAUCCAGAACAUCUCUUUCGAGGCGACAUUUGGUAUCUCGGCCCUGAUCUUUAUCCCCAUCCUCUUCGGCAUGUACUUCUUCGUCGUCGAAACCACCUACUACGGCCCGCGGCCCACUAUGGACAAACUUGGAUUCGACGAGAAACACAAAUCCGUAUUUGAGCUUGAAGACGAAAGGGAGCCAUAUCGCAGUCAACUGGCGCUGUUCCGUGGUCGUUUGUCGCCAGAGUCAUUCUGGAAGAACGCUUGGAAGCCUGUACCAUUGAUCGCCUUUCCAGCAGUACUCUUCAGUACAAUCGUGUACGGGUCUUACUUUACUUGGCUGCUCACUAUCUCUGUUCUCUCUGUCAAUAUCUUCUCGGCGCCACCGUAUAUGCUGAACCCGGCACAAGUCGGUCUUACCAAUCUGCCUCUUCUUGUCGUCGCUCUCAUCGGCUCACCCCUCUCAGGCUGGACAGCCGAUGCCCUCGCCAAAUUCAUGGCUCGCCGCAACAAAGGCGUUUUCGAACCCGAAUUCCGCCUGACUCUCAUGAUCCCCGCUGUCAUCUUCGCCACAAUCGGCUUCCUCGGCUUCGGAAUGAGUAUUUCAGCUGGCUAUCCCAUCGUCUGGCCCUUGGUCUUCAUGUCCAUUCACUCGCUUUCUGUACCGUUUGCCUCAACAGCCAGUCUGACUUAUGUCAUUGAUUGUCAUCCCAAGGACGCGAAUCAGGCUUUUGUCACUAUCAACUUUACCAAAGCGGUGUUCACAUUUAUUGCGACGACGUAUGCGAAUGGUAUCAUGGCGAACAUUGGGCCGCGCGCUGUCUUUGACGGAAUCACAGUUAUCAACCUGGGGGUCUGUGCGCUUACUAUUCCGGCCUAUGUGUUUGGAAAGAGGUUUAGAAGUUUGGUUGCGCGGAGCUCGUUCGGCAAGAAGCUAUCAGGCUAG